AUGUAUCAGUGGAGAAAAUUUGAGUUCUUCGAGGGAAAAUAUGGUGGAAAAAUCACCAUGCCGGAGGAAAUUAGUGGCACAAUCCAGUGCUGCUCUAGUGGGCGAGGUAAAGUUGUAGUAGGAUGCGAUGACGGCACUAUUUCAUUGCUGGAUCGUGGUCUGAAGUUCAACUAUCAAUUCCAAGCUCACUCUACCACGGUGCUUUACCUCCAACAGCUUAAGCAACGGAAUUAUUUAGUGACUGUUGGCGAAGACGAGCAACUAUCUUCACAAUCUUCAGCUGUGUGCAUGAAGAUUUUUGACCUUGAUAAGAUGCAAGAGGAGGGACCGAGUACGUCGACUCCUGACUGUGUUCAGAUAUUGCGUAUAUUUACAAACCAGUUUCCUGAAGCAAAGAUAACAUCAUUUCUAGUUCUAGAGGAAGCCCCUCCUAUUUUACUGGUUGCAAUUGGACUGGAUAAUGGUUCUAUCUAUUGCAUUCAAGGUGACAUUGCCCGUGAGCGUAUCAAGCGUUUUAGGCUUCAGGCAGAUUCUGGUCAUCCGGACAAGAGCCAGUCUUCCAUAACAGGGCUAGAGUUCCGUGUGGAUGGUCAGGUUCUUCAACUGUUUGCAGUUACUCCAAGCUCUGUACAUCUGUUUAAUUUGCAUACUCAACCGCCCAGAGGUCAAAUUCUUGAUAGCAUUGGAUCUGAUGUUCCCAGUGUUGCAAUGAGUGAUCGAUUGGAACUGAUCAUUGGCCGACCAGAGGCUAUAUAUUUCUAUGAAGUUGAUGGUCGAGGCCCUUGUUGGGCGUUUGAGGGUGAGAAGAAAUUUCUUGGAUGGUUUCGUGGGUAUCUCCUUUGUGUUAUAGCUGACCUAUCUACUGGAAAAUAUUCUUUCAAUGUUUAUGAUCUGAAAAAUAAAUUGGUCGCGCAUAGUGUUCCAGUGAAAGAAGUUUCUCAUAUGCUUUGUGAAUGGGGUAAUAUUAUACUCCUUAUGAAGGAUAAAUCUGCCAUAUGUAUUGGUGAGAAAGAUAUGGAAAGUAAGCUAGAUAUGCUUUUUAAGAAGAGUCUCUAUACUGUUGCUAUAAAUAUAGUACAGACUCAGCAGGCCGAUGCUGCUGCAACUGCCGAAGUGCUGAGGAAAUAUGGAGAUCAUCUGUACAGUAAGCAAGAAUAUGAUCAGGCAAUGCAUCAGUACAUAGAUACUAUUGGUCAUCUCGAACCCUCAUAUGUUAUACAGAAAUUUCUGGAUGCUCAAAGAAUUUACAACCUUACCAAUUACUUGGAGAAGUUGCACGAAAAAGGACUUGCAUCAAAAGAUCACACUACCCUUCUUUUGAACUGUUACACCAAAUUAAAAGAUGUUGAUAAGUUGAAUCUGUUUAUCAAAAGUGAUGAUGGUAUCGGAGAAAAUAAAUUUGAUGUAGAGACUGCCAUAAGGGUCUGCCGCGCUGCUGGUUAUCAUGAGCAUGCUAUGUAUGUUGCUAAAAGGGCUGGGAAGCAUGAAUUGUACUUAAAGAUUUUGCUUGAAGAUUUGGCCAGGUAUGAAGAAGCCUUGCAAUAUAUUAAUAGCCUUGAACCAAGUCAAGCUGGUGUAACAGUUGAAGAAUACGGGAAAAUCUUAAUUGAGCACAAGCCUGCGGAGACAAUUGACAUACUUAUGAGGCUUUGUACGGAAGAAGAAUCUGCCAGAAGGAGCUCAAGUAAUACCUACAUGUCGAUGUUGCCUUCCCCUGUUGAUUUUAUUAAUAUCUUUGUCCAUCAUCCCCAGUCACUUCUUGAGUUUCUUGAAAAAUACACUAGCAAAGUUAAGGACUCGCCUGCUCAAGGCGAAAUUCACAAUACCCUAUUAGAGUUGUACUUGUCGCAUGACCUGGACUUUCCAUCAAUUUCUCAGUUUAAUGCUAGCCAAUCUGGAGACACUGUAGCAGGCAAGACAUCAAACUCAGCCACAAUUUCAAAUGGACGGUCCAAUGGCAAACCUAUCAAUGAUCAAAGAGUUGCAAAUGAGGAAAAAGACCGCCAAGAAAGACGUCAAAAGGGGCUAAACUUGCUUAAGAGUGCAUGGCCACCAGAAUUAGAUCAGCCAAUGUAUGAUGUUGACCUUGCUAUAAUUUUGUGUGAAAUGAAUUCUUUCACAGAAGGGCUUUUAUAUCUCUACGAGAAGAUGAAACUUUACAAAGAGGUAGUGGCCUGCUACAUGCAAGCACAAGAUCAUGAGGGUUUGAUUGCAUGCUGCAAGAGGCUUGGGGACGUGAGGAAAGGUGGUGAUCCCUCUCUUUGGGCAGAUGUGCUAAAAUAUUUUGGUGAACUUGGGGAAGACUGUUCGAAAGAAGUUAAAGAAGUUUUGACUUACAUAGAAAGGGAUGACAUUGUACAACCUAUUGUUGUUCUUCAGACGCUUUCUAGGAAUCCAUGUCUCACUCUCUCUGUGAUCAAGGAUUAUAUUGCUCGGAAGCUGGACCACGAGUCAAAGCUUAUUGAAGAAGAUCGAAGGGCAAUCGAGAAGUAUCAGGAAGAAACAUCGACAAUGAGAAGGGAAAUUCAGGAUCUUCAGACAAAUGCUCGAAUCUUCCAGCUCAGCAAGUGUACUGCUUGCACUUUUACUCUUGACCUACCUGCUGUCCACUUCCUGUGCAUGCAUUCUUUUCACCAACGCUGCCUCGGCGAUAAUGAAAAGGAGUGCCCAGAGUGUGCCCCAGAGUACAGAUCGGUUAUGGAAACAAAGAGAAGCCUGGAGCAGAAUUCAAAAAGCCAAGAUCAGUUCUUUCAGCAUGUCAAAAGUUCCAAGGAUGGCUUCUCUGUGAUUGCAGAGUACUUUGGCAAGGGGAUUAUCAGCAAAACUGACAUUAGACAGCAGGCAGGGGCUUAG